UCAAAGCUAAAGCGGUUUACCGCGCCCACCUCUGUGAGGAACCUGUGGAAUGGUUGAUGGAGGCGGUCACAGGUGAGCAGGAGGAGCUACAAACAUCAACUGUGGACUGAAGGAGGAAGCAUUUGACGAAAGUUGAUCAACAGCACCUUUUUCACAGACCUUCUCACAGCAGUUAAGUACAGCAAUGCCGGAUCAUCAGUCAAGGAACCAGAACCAUCGUAAUCAUGAAAGGAGAGACUGGAACAGAGGACGAGAGCACCAGAGUGAUGAGAAAUACAGGGAGGAGAGGAGCUCUGGGUAUGAUGAAGAGAGACAGAGAAACCCCAGAGAUAAACAACAGAGGACGUAUAUGCAUCAGAAACCACCUGACAGUGAGGACUCCUAUCACCACAGACAUCAGGAAAUGUAUUCAGACACAUCGACCUACGAGACACCCCAUAGAGAGGCUCUUUACAAUCUAAGAUAUAUUCCAACAUCCAGAGGCAUUUGCCAGAUAAUGGAAUUCUUCUUAAACAUGUUGAUCGUCAUCUGCGCUGGAGUACCUUACAGUAACAAGGGACAAUAUAAGGACAUUGCCAGCCUGGGUGGGCUUUACUACUACUAUUAUGGAGGUGCGCAGUCCUUCACAGCGCAGGAGGCCGUGAAGGUGAAGCAGCUGGACGAUCUUUUCUACCAGGUCAAGCUGCCCCCCUACAUCUUCAGCAUGGCAUGUGGCGGGGCACUGAUGGCUUAUGCUUUGGCCAUGCUGGCGCUGGGGCUGUUCCGUGUGCCCUACCGCUGGCCCCCAGUGCUGCUGGCUGAGGCUUUGGUGGAUGGACUGAUAGGCCUGGGUUACAUCCCUGCGGUGGCCUUCUACUUCAUCAAGCUCCAGGAGACAUACAGCAAUGCAGUCUGUAAGGAGAGAGAGGACAUGUACAAAAGCAAAGGCCUCAAGGGUUCUGAGUGCAGUCUCAAUGGGACAGACAUAGCGGGAGGAAUCUUCGGGGUGCUUGGCGCCCCUCUUUUCUUGCUAAGUGCCGUGCUGGCUGUGAGAGCAUUCCGGGCAGUUAGGAAGCUGAAGCAACAAAAGGAAGCAGAGAAUGGAAACUUGUAAAAGGCAGAUUCUCUUAUGUUUCGGGCCUCUAGUGGAGGAACUGUAAAAGGGCCAGAACACACAACCAUCAAACACCAACAUACUAAUUUUAGCACAUUUCAUUUAUUUUAUUUGGUCCAUAUUUAUACAAAUUGAAUGGCUAUUCGUUCAUCUACUAUUUACACCUUCUUGUUUCAACACUCAUUGUACUCUGUGGGGGUCCUGACCCUUGAUAAACAGGGUAAAAGGGGGUUGACAGCAUAUGCAGAGAAACAGAUGGACUUCGGACUGUAAUUGUAGAGCUACAAAGUGCACAUAUAUGGUAAGUGAGUCUGAUAAAAUGGACAAAGAGUGUAGCCACAGUAAGUUAUACUUAAUGAAGCGGUCAGUCGCAGUGUAUGUCUGCAGUGGGCAAGUAUUUGAGCCCCCUCAGGCCUCUGAGGCCUUCUAAAGCCCCUUGGCACUGGCCAGACUGGCCCCACUGACCUGAUCAGUAAUCUGUCCCUGGGCUCAUCAGUUGUUUGAGUGUGUUUAUGUUUUUGGGUGUGUUCUGGCCUUUAAGGGCCCUCAUCCUGUAUUUUUCUUACAUUUUUUCUCUUUUAGGUUCAGUUAUGACAUUUGUGUGGUUUAAACUAGCAAAAACAGUCAUAAUUCAUGUUUACAAGACUAUUUCCCAACCUCUCUUUAUCCCUGGCUUUACACGGUUAAACUUUCAUGCAGCUACUUGCGUGUUGUGAAUGGCUAUCAACAUAAUUUCUGUGCAACUUUACAGUUACAUGAAGCAAUUCAAAAACAAAGUUGCACGCAACUCAUUCAGUUACUUCACUUGCCAAAUUAGCAGCUUGUAUUCUCUGAUACACUUUAUGCUUCUUGCUAUAUAAAGACGUCCAUGAGUUGUAGUUUACAAAUUUGCAGCAUUUUUAUUAUCUUCAGAAUUUUUACAGUUACAUGAAGCAAUUCAAAAACAAAGUUGCACGCAACUCAUUUAGUUACUCCACAAGCCAAAUUAGCAGCUUGGAUACACUGUAUGCCUCUUGCAAUAUAGACAUCUAUGAGUUGUAAUUUACAAAUUUGCAGCAUUUUUGUUAUCUUCAUAUUUUUUUUCUCAUUUUCCGCUGCCCAGUGAACCGUUUACUGUUUUAUUUCUUGCCCAUUGAUGUGGUGAAAUCAGUAGUUUGAACAUGGGCCGUUUAACUUGAUGCAUUAUUGGCAUAUUGAUUGGCCAGUGACUUGUUCCAUGAAGUUGAGACGUUUGCAACUGUUGUGGCAAAUGUGUUUCAUAUGAGUUACAGGAUGCUUUAAGUUGUGCAACUGAAGUGCAAUUCAGUUUCAUGUAGGUUUCAAACAACUAAAGCUGCAAUGCAGAUUCACCAUGUAAAACCAGCCCAAGGAUUAGACAGUCUGAUUGUGUCACUGUGCUUUUAAGUGUGAAAUCCUGAAAUUACCUCUUUUCCCUGCCUUUUAUUGAGCCUCAUUCAAAACGCAGUCCAGGCUGAAACAGCCUUGUAGCUUUGACAUGAAUAGGCGUGUGGGCUAAAUGGGUGGAUAUACUGAAUGUAACGUAACGCCACAAAAACAGAGGCGUUCAAAACAGGCCAUAUUUGUAGCUUACUUUGAAUGUAUGGACCGAGGAUGCUUUGAAAAUGUAAAUGUUUACAUACUUCACUAGUGAAAACCGUGUUUUUCCAUGAUGUGGGCCCUUUAAGAGGUCACCAGACAAAAUGCAACUUUUUAAAUGUUACAAGAAUAGUUCAGCGGAGCAAAGCUAGCAUGGCUAUCAACAAAUGAGAGAGAAUGGUACCAUGAUAGCACGCCACCUGACAUAAUGCUACUUUUAAUCAGCUGUGCAUAGAGCAGAUUAACUAUUUUUUUAUUGCGAAUACUUCAAGCUAUAAUAGGUACAAGUAUAUAUAGGGUCAC